AUGCAGGAGCGACUUGCCAAACAGAGAGAAGCUGAGGAGAAGAAAAAACGGGAAGAAGAGGAGCGAUUGAGGAAAGAAGAGGAGGAAAGGCUUCGGAAGGAAGAGGAGGAAAGGACAGCAGAAGAGAAAAAGCGCUUAAAGAAAGAAAGGGAGAAGGAGAAGCUUCUGAAGAAAAAGCAAGAAGGGAAGCUUCUCACUGGGAAGCAGAAGGAAGCAGCUCUUAGGCUAGAGUCAAUGAGGAAGCAAAUACUAGCUAAUGCUAACUUGCAAAUAUCCACAGGAGAAACUGUUGGGGCACCUGCCAAACGACCUCUAUAUCAGAAGAAAAGGCAAAUGCCAGUAGCUCAAUCAAACAGAGCAGCCACAUCAGACAGUGUUGACAGUGCAGUUUCAGAGGAGAACCAGCAAGAAAUUGUAUCCAGACUGGAUUCCGUGGAAAGCGAGAAUGUUGAGGACGUUGCUUCAGCGACUGUAAAGGAUAAAAAUUAUGGUUCUGAUGUAGUUCAAGAGAAUGUAGUGGAUGAGGAGGAAGAAGAAGAAGAUGAUGAUGACGAAGAAUGGGAUGCUAAAAGCUGGGAUGAUGCUGAUCUGAAAUUGCCAGGAAAAAGUGCAUUUGCUGAUGAAGAAGUUGACUCGGAUGUUGAGGUACCGCACGUUGCAGCCAAGACAGUUGGUAUAACUACGAAUGUUGCUUCAGUGAUUCCACAGAGAUCUGAGAAUGUGGACGUUCCUGUUCCUGAGAAGAAGGACAAAAAAGAAGUUGUUGAAAAGAGAGAGGAACGUCAAAAGUCAGAUAAUCAGCCUGCCCCGAGUGAGCAGAAUUUGCGGUCCCCAAUUUACUGUAUUAUGGGCCAUGUUGAUAGUGGUAAGACAAAAUUGCUUGAUUGUAUAAGAGGUACUAAUGUCCAAGAAGGUGAGGCUGGUGGGAUUACACAGCAAAUUGGAGCAACCUAUUUCCCUGCUGAGAACAUUCGUGAGAGAACAAAGGAACUCAAUGCUGAUGCAAGGCUGAAUGUCCCAUGUCUAUUGGUGAUUGAUACACCUGGUCAUGAAUCCUUUACUAAUAUGCGUUCCAGAGGGUCAGGGUUAUGUGAUCUUGCGAUUUUGCUAGUUGAUAUAAUGCAUGGGCUGGAACCACAAACCAUUGAAUCUCUCAAUCUAUUGAAGAUGAGAAAUACUGAUUGCAUUAUAGCCUUGAAUAAAGUGGACAGAUUGUAUGGAUGGAAAACAUGCCGCAAUGCACCGAUACGGAAAGCAAUGAAGCAACAGACAAGAGAUGUUAAGAUUGAGUUUAUUCAUCGGCUUAAGACGGUUAAAGAUCAGUUACAGAUUCAAGGUCUAAAUACUGAGUUGUCUUACAAGAACCAAAAAAUGGGUGAAACAGUAUACAUCGUCCCCACUAGUGCUAUAAGUGGUGAAGGUGUCCCUGACUUGCUGUUGGUGCUGAUUCCAUGGGCACAGGAGGAGACAAUGAUUAAAAGACUUGCAUACAGUAGUGAAGUGCAGUGUACUGUCUUGGAGGUCAAAUUUAUUAAAGAACACGGGACAACAAUUGAUGUGGUUCUGGUGAAUGGCGUGCUUCAUGAAGGAGAUCAAAUAGUUGGACCAAUUGUGACCACAAUUAGAGCCUUAUUAACACCACAUCCGAUGAAGGAGCUCCGAGUGAAGGGGUCUUAUUUGCAUCAUAAAGAAAUCAAGGUUGCGCAGGGUAUCAAGAUCACAGCCCAGUUAGAAGCAUUGCUGGAGUUCUUGAAAACUCCGGUAGUUAAUAUACCUGUCAGUGGCAUAAGCAUAGGGCCAGUACACAAGAAAGAUGUAAUGAAGGCGAGUGUGAUGCUUGAGAAGAAAAAGGAAUAUGGGACAAUAUUGGCUUUUGAUGUUAAAGUAACCCAAGAAGCUCAGAAGCUAGCUGAUGAGCUUGGUGUAAAGAUAUUUAUUGCGGAGAUUAUUUAUCACUUAUUCGAUCAAUUUAAGGCUUACAUUGAUAAUCUCAAGGAAGAGAGGAAGAGAGAGGCUUCUGAGGAAGCAGUUUUUCCAUGUGUCCUCAAGAUAAUGCCAAACUGUGUGUACAACAAGAAGGAUCCCAUUCUCUUGGGAGUUGAUGUCCUUGAAGGCACAGUGAAGGUUUGGACUCCUAUAUGUGUUCCUCAAAAAGAUUUCAUUGAAAUUGGUCGGAUAGAGUCUAUUGAGAAUAAUUACAAGCCUGUUGAUUAUGCCAAGAAGGGCCAGAAGAUUAUUGGCAGCAAUCCUGAGGAACAACAGAAGAUGUUUGGCAGGCAUUUCAAGAUGGAGGAUGAGCUUGUGAGCAAAAUCAGUAGAAGCUCACUUGACGCUCUCAAAGAAAAUUACAAGAUUGUGACAGUGGGUGAUUUGAAACCAGCGCCAAUACUUUGGCAUGAGGAUACUGGAAAGAAACCAUUUGACAACAUAAGGCAUAAUAAUAAUAACCGACAUGGCAAAUCAUCCGGCCGACACUUUGCGAACCCCAACAGGAACAAACCUCCGAAUCGAGCCACGCCUGGGCAGAUUCCAACCGGCACAAGUACAACUACCCGAAUGCCGCACAUCGCCUCGUUCUUAACAGCUUACAAUCGAGAGCAGACAAAAACGGAGCCCAUUAUCAUCCUUACCAAACAAAUCAUGGUCAAUCUGGCAACCAGUUCUUGACUCGAUUGAGAGCUGGGGUUAUGGCAAAACAGUGGAGCGGCUGAUGGGAAAGGACCGUUUUGCCCCC